CAGACAAACUUUAAUCAAAAAGCAAGGCUCUGAGACUCAGGCUGUGGCCUUUACCUGGACUGCAGCUAUGGAGGAGCAAGGAAAUGGGAAGAAAUCUGAAACUGGCAGUGGCAAGUUAGGUCCUGACACACAAACCAGAGGUUUAACAGCUUCAUGCGACCCCACGAAUGAAGAGGACUUUGUGGUGCUCGAGAGGGAUGAGACUUGGAUGUCCUCUGCUGGAGAAAAUAAUACUUUUGACAACAGGAUUAAAACAGAUAAUAUUCAAUCACUUUGUAAAGGAAGAGCUGAAGACAACGUUUAUACUACCUACAGCGAUGAUAACCUCCCGCAACCUUCCAGGAAUGCCCCUCAAGAAAAGAGGUGUGAGAAUAAAAGCAGGAGAACAUCUGAUACACUUUUAGUCAGGGCUGACAGUGUGGAAGCACGUGCUAAGAGUUCACCCGUCGCCUGUUUUGAGAGCGAAAUGGGUCAACGUUUGGCUGAAGUGACAGGCAGCAGGUGUCAGCUAAAAGGAGUCAGUCAUGUUGGAACUGCCCACACUGAGACAACUGGCAAAGGAAAAGCAGAGAGGGAGCAAAACAUGAAUGACCACAGCAAGGAGCUAGUUUCUACUCACAUCAACAAGGAGCACCUGCCAACACAAAACAACAGCGGGUCUGUGAAAAGAUUGAGAAGGAGCAGUAGUGAUUUGGAAAACGUGCUGGAUGAAGCACAGGAAGACGGGGGUGGGGAGAGAGCUGUCAAGUCUCACAGGGAACCAUGCCCGGAGAAAGUAAAUCUUUCUGUGAGAGAAUCACAAAAUCCAGAUAAGGAAAGCCACAAUUUGGGAUUUACAGCACAAAAAACACAAGAUCAGUCCCAUCAGAACAGAUUUGCUGGUGCUGUCUCUAAGAGGGCUAAAGCAAGUACUCUUAGUUCAUGCACCAAGAAAGAGGACGGCCAAGCAUUCGGUAGAGCAGUAGACUCUCAGCCCCCACAGACCAAGCCCCCUAGCCCUGAAAUACCACAACUGCAAGACAAUCGCUCAUUUUCAUUGGAACAAUGCAAUUUGGUCCCUUGUCUUCCUCUGCCAGGGAAUGAAGGCUGUGAUGGAAAGAUACAGAUUGCAAGUUUAAAGAGGGAGAGUGAGCUUGUUUGUUUCUCUGCCAUCAUCACCCAUCCACCUUUGACUUAUCUGUUGCCUAAGAAAGACACAACAGCGGCAACACAGCUUGAUACAAGUAUCGCCAAUUCACAGAUGGCACCAGACGCCACGUCUGCCCCGCAUGAUUCGAAAGAUGAGUCUAUGCCAAAUGAAAAGCCUAAAGGUAAAGGUCCACCUCCACCUGUCCCCAAAAAACCGAAAAACCCAUUUAUAAAGCUCAAAACUGCACAAUUAAUGUCUACUGAUGUGCAAAGAAGAGACAAAGCUCAUCUGCGUUCUGAGGAGAGGGUCAAGAGGAGACACACUUUUCAUUUUAACAAAGAUCUUCCAUGCAACACUCCAACUAACCAGGACAUGUGCAUGCUGUGGGAUGAAAGAGGCACUUACACCGUGCCAACCAAUAUACGACGGCUGUCAGCUGACGUUGGCCCCUGGCAACAUCUUUCACUUGGGCACAUGGAUGAUCAAUAUGGAAAUAUGAUCGACUAUGAGUACUGUGCACGAAUGGCAAACCUGUCUCUGGAUGAAGAGCUGCAAAACCUGGAUAUGUUGGGGAGAAGGGUGUUCCUGGAGAGACGGUCCAGAUAUAAAAGCUCACCUCCUCCUGUUGCGAAAAAGUCUUUUGCAUCCACAGAGACUCUACACAUGCCAGAGCUCGUGUUGGACAAAGAAAUCCAAACCAAACCAAAACCUGUUUGUUCAGGGAAAAGAGAAAUAUACCCUGAACUCCUGUCUGAGAGAGCAAACACACAGGUCAGCAACGACAACUAUGAUAUCUAUGGUUACCACAAAGAUGUGACUGAUCACCGUAGUGAUAGGGAUGCAGGAAAUAGCAGUGAGGCGGGUUCCUACAAGCCCGUGGCAGAAAUUAUCAAGGAAACUAAUCAGAUGCAGAGACAUCAGGUUUGGGUCAAACCUGAAGGGGCAAAAGCUCAGGUUCGAGUGGCGGAGCAGAGUCCAUGUGUGAAAGUAUCCCAGAUGAAGAACGCCUUUGAUGUCCCAAAGAAAUCUAAAGAGAGACCAGCAGAAGUUCAACCACCUCCAAAGAAAGAUAUGUUGCGGCGAGUUGUGCGACAGAGCAAGUUCCGUCACGUCUUUGGUCAGGCCGUGAGGAACGACCAGUGCUACGAUGACAUUCGCGUCUCUAGGGUCACAUGGGACAGCUCCUUCUGUGCCGUCAACCCCAAGUUUGUUGCCAUCAUCAUCGAGGCCAGCGGGGGAGGAGCUUUCCUCGUCCUUCCUCUACAAAAGACUGGCCGUAUAGACAAGGUCUACCCGACAGUAUGCGGUCACACGGGCCCAGUGUUGGACAUCGACUGGUGUCCUCAUAAUGACCUUGUCAUUGCUAGUGGCUCGGAGGACUGCACAGUCAUGGUCUGGCAGAUCCCAGAGAACGGGCUGGAGUCUCCCCUCUCAGAGCCUGUGGUUGUUUUAGAGGGCCACUCUAAGAGGGUCGGCAUUGUGUCUUGGCAUCCUACCGCUCGCAACGUUCUCCUCAGUGCAGGGUGUGACAACCAGAUCAUCAUCUGGAAUGUGGGCACGGGAGAGGCCAUGAUCAACCUGGAGGACAUGCACCCUGAUGUUAUCUUUAGUGUCAGCUGGAGCCGCAAUGGCGGCCUACUCUGCACCGCCUGCAAGGACAAGAAGGUCCGCGUCAUCGACCCCCGAAAGAAAAAGAUCGUGGCGGAGAAGGACAAAGCCCAUGAGGGAGCUCGACCAAUGAGAGCAAUCUUUUUAGCAGACGGGAACAUUUUCACCACUGGAUUCAGCCGCAUGAGCGAGCGCCAGCUAGCCCUGUGGAAAAGUGACAACAUGGAUGAGCCAAUAUGUGUUCAAGAGAUGGACACCAGUAAUGGAGUUCUGCUGCCCUUCUACGACUCUGACACUAACAUAGUCUACUUGUGUGGAAAGGGUGACAGCAGCAUUCGGUACUUUGAGAUCACAGAUGAGGCACCGUUUGUUCACUACCUCAACACCUUUUCCACCAAGGAGCCCCAGAGAGGCAUGGGAUACAUGCCCAAAAGAGGCUUGGAUGUCAACAAAUGUGAAAUCGCGAGGUUUUACAAAUUACAUGAGAGGAAAUGUGAACCAAUCAUCAUGACAGUCCCACGUAAGUCGGAUCUGUUCCAGGACGACCUGUAUCCGGACACGGCCGGCCCCGAUCCCGCCCUGGAGGCAGAGGAUUGGUUUGCCGGCAAGAACGGAGGCCCCAUCCUCAUCUCACUCAAAGAUGGCUACGUCUCCACAAAGAACCGCGAUCUGAAAGUGGUCAAGGCGAACGUCCUGGAGACCAAGCCGGCCACGAAGGCAGAGAACAUCUCGACUGUCCAGAAGCACGCUUCUCCACAGCCUUCAGUAAAAAUGGAAGAUAAACUGGAAGAGGUACUCCGAGAGUUCAAGUCACUCAGGGACCGUGUCAUCCUUCAAGAUCGCCGGAUCGCCAGACUGGAAGAGCAGGUCGCCAAGGUUGCCAUGUGAGACGCGGCCCCUUCCCAGGAGCGUUGGUUGUUUUGGAGAGGAUGGAAUGGACGGGGUCAGCCACGGCCAAAUUCUCAAGAUUCGGCUUCAUUCAGCUUGCCGUCGUCCCUGUGAUGACUUCAAGCUUACAUUCCAAGAUGGACUUUAUUUUUCCUCAUCAAGCCUCCGGUUUCACACUUCACCCUGACACACUCUGAGAAAAGGAAAAAAAAAAACUCUUGCAGCUCAUGUACACAUUUGAAGAAAAAGACAUUUUUGUUGAAGGAAAAGUCUUAACUUUUUUUUUUUGUUUUUGUUUUCAGAUUGUGGUAAAACAUUCUUAUGUGAAGUUUGUACUUACUACUCAGAAACUGUAUGUAGCAUCAGUAUUUCCAUUGUUCUUUUUUGUGUUGCCAAAUAUGAAUCGUGUGCGGUUUCAUGCACUGCUUUAACAUUUAUUUUCUCUCCUGUUGUACAUUCCAGUCACAACCUGGUAGAAUGAGUUAGUCGAGCCGGAUUUUUUUAAACAAUAGCUUUUUUUUUCCCCUCCCACCAGUUUGCUCAUUGAUAACCAUCAAAUUUAUGAAUGUGGAAGAAUUCCUUCUAAAACAUUUUGUUCCUGUUCUUCUGGGAUUGAAGUUCAACAUUUGGGUUUUAAUGGGGAAGGGGUGGGCGGGGGUGGGGUGGGGUGGGGGUUGCAUCUCUCUGGUGUAAAUGUUGUGCAAAUGUAGUGGUGCCUCUCUUGUCACUGUUAAGGGUCAAACUAAAGUCGCCCUAUCCAGUGCAUACUUGGUGUUGGGAAGGGACCACUCACCCAGCUUGUGUUUCACUGAACCCCUGACAAGCAGUUCUGUGCACAUAAUAAAGA